AUGCAGCUGCACGUACGUGGGUUGAACACGCACGUCUUGGACGUUCAGCCGGGUGACAACAUUGCUCAUGUGAAGGCUCUGCUAGCCGGACUUGAGUCUGUCGAUGGUCAGGAACUUCAUCUAUACUGCGAAGGCACACCACUCGCUGAAGAUGUCACUGUAUCUCAGUUGACUUCCGCCGAACUCGAUGUCACUGUUCGAUUGCUCGGUGGUAAGGUUCACGGUUCUCUCGCUCGUGCCGGCAAAGUAAAAGGACAAACGCCCAAGGUCGAAAAGAAAGAGAAGAAGAAGAAGAAGACUGGCCGUGCCAAGCGACGCAUCCAGUAUAACAGACGCUUCUCGAGCGUAGUUCAGACGUACGGACGUCGCCGGGGUCCGAAUGCUAACUCAGCCUAAGUA